CCGUGUUCUUAUCUUGUUCUUACCCCCGUCCCACACCACGCCACAGCCAUGGCCGCCCUCCAGACCCAGACACUCGAAGACACACUCGCCAUCGUCAGUCCGCUCUCGGCGCCCGGCGCCCGGCAACCUUGCUGACGCCUCCAUCGCAGCCUACCUGGGGGUCCUACCUGUACCAGAACUACCUCCAGGCGCCCUCCCCCGACACCGUCUUUGACUGGACGGACCCGUCCGUAGCGAUGCCCCCGCCACCAGCACCAGAGGAGUACGCUUUUGGGCUUACCAACCCCUCGGUAUGGCCAUCGGCGUCCGGUCAAUCACCGAAGAGCGUCAAGCCCGAGCCUGUCUCUCCAGCGGAAGAUCCGUCGCUGCGCCAGCUCCAGGACGUCUACAAGCAGUCCUACUUUCCCUUUCCCGCCACAGGCAUCGCCACCUCCCUCCUCACCCAGCCAGACACUCCAGCCAGCGCCCUGCCGGCCCAGCUCGGGUCGACCGAGUCCCUCAACGUCGUCGACCAGUCCCUCACCCGAUCCCCGUCCCCCAUAUCGUCUCAAAUCGUCAGCCCGCACGCCUCCCCCAUACUACGCCACUCGUCUACGAAACGCGAGACACGGGGCAGGAGACGCAUCGGCAGCGCCGCCAUCAAGCGCAGCCACUCUCUGCAUUCAGACUCGGAGUUUUCGCACCACAGUCCUGACGAGCAUGACCACGAUGAGCACGAGCAUGAGGUCCCCGAGGGUGUCGAGCGCGACGGGAUGAUCUGGGGCAUGAAGGUCGAGGACUAUCGUGCGCUGUCUGCCCGAGAGAGGAAGAGGGUGCGCAACAGGAUCAGUGCCAGGACGUUCCGCGCCAAGAGAAAAGAGCAUCUCUCUUCACUAGAGCACGACUUGGGUGAGAAGGAACAUCAGAUUCAACUCGCGAAUGCAGAAAACGCCCGCCUGCGCCGCGAACUUUCAGAUGUCAAAAAGAGACUAGUCAAGUUUGAGACUGCCUACGCUCGAACGUUAUAGAAUUCCUUAAAGUGUCUUUAUAUAUUGUAUUUGUACAUACUGGAGGGGUGUAUGAGAGGGCGUCUCCAUAUCAUGCUCUCGUCAGAAGGGUAUCCAGCAAGCUGCGAUCAAAUGUACUCUCUAUAAUGCUGGUCGCAAUGUAAUUAGUGAAUCAUGCACACUUGUCUCUGCUUUCACA